CUAAUCUCUGUAAAGCCAGAAGAGAAAAAAAAAACAGAAGACUCAUAAAGUUAGUUUAUCUGAGGUAUUCUUUUUCCAUUUUCCUGACAGGCAACCUGACAAGUGACACGUAUUUUGUAUUUAAAAACUACUCCGUGUUCUCAUCAACCUCUAACCUCAAAAUAAUAAAAAAUAAUCGUUCCCUUGGUAUUGUGAAUAUUAACAAAAGAAUUAACUCAGGCUCAAUCUCAAUUAUGUGCGAUAACACAGUUAAAGUGGGCGAGUACAUCGUUAUACAAAAACAAAAUUAUAAGAAAUUGCAUAAAUUUAAUAAACCAAAUUCUAGUGUUAGCGUUGGGAAAGAUACUUUAAAUUUAAAUGGAAUAGAAGGCACCAAGUUUUUUUCUACCUUUAAAAUGAUAAGUAGAGGCAAAAAGAGAAGUAAAGAAUUUGAUUUAGAAUUAACGGCAGAAGCUGUAAAUCUAAUAGAAGAGAUAGGAUUGAAAGUAUCAGGAGCAGAUAACAGAAACAUUUACGACGAUGGCAGAUCACAAAAGUUGUCAGCUAGCGAAAUCAGUGAUUUGACCUAUGACUCUACAAAAGCAUCAGACAUUGUUGAGACGUUAAUAACUAAUUCAAACACGUUUCACAAUAAAACUGAGUUCUCCCAGGAGAAAUAUUUAAAGAAGAAGGAAAAAAAGUAUUUUGAAUACAUUCAAAUAUUAAGACCAAACUUGAGAAUUAUCACAGAAAUAUUAUAUAGGUUGGAUUCAAGUAAGGUACAAGGAAUUCGCAUAGAUACUUUGUCUCAAAUAAUUACACUAUCAAACAUUAGUAAUGAAGGUAACCACUUGCUUUAUGAUUCAGGUUCUAAUGGUUUACUUGCAGCUGCAUUGUUGAGUGCUAUGGGAUCAGAAGCUAAAGGAAAAUUAGUACACAUGCAUCCAGGAAAUAUGUCACAGAAGCAGGCUUUGUUAGCUAUGAAUUUUGAUUCUGAACAGUUCAACAAAUGUCUAUCGGUAAAUGUCUAUUCAGCCCUCAGACAAGUUUACCAGGGUUGUGACACUCACACUCAAAAGGAAACAGUAUUAGAAAGUGAAUGUAACCUUAAGAGAAAAGCUACCGAUGAAAUAGAACAUGAAAUUAAAAUACCUAAGCUUGAUGAUUCCCAAAUUCCAAUUAAAGAUCAUGACACAGAUGAAAGUAAUGUUGCAAAGAAGAAACCAAAAUGGCACUUUGAUAAUAUAGCUGCAUCUGAGGUCUUAAAAAAUAAAGUAGAUUCUCUUGUUAUAGCUAGUAAGGAAGAUCCCCAAAAUAUAUUUUUAGAGCUUCUUCCAUUUGUCAAACCGGGGAGACAGUUUGUUAUUUACUACACAGUAGCUGAGCCACUACAAAACUUAUAUAUGAUACUUAAGUCUACAAGUAAUGUGGCAGCUUUAAGAUUAACUUGUAAUUGGAUGAGAAACUAUCAGAUCUUGCCUGAGAGGACACAUCCAGAAGUGAUGAUGAAUGGGUCCAGUGGAUUUCUUUUGACAGGAUAUGUCCUUAAAUAAUUUUAAAAUAAAUAUCUCAAAUAGAA